AUGACUUUGGAAAAAUAAUAGGUUGGAGAUUUGUAUGGAGUUUUGGCUUAAACUAAAGAUAAUGAUCACAUAGUCUUACAAAUCUUAAUUAAAAUUUUCGAAAAAGAUAAAGUUUAAGACCAUGUAGAAUUUCUCUCUAAAGAUCUAAAUCUAAGGCAAAUAAAAAAAGAAAUAUCAUAGGCAAAAUACUAAUCACUAUUUGAUAAGAAAUAGAUAAUCAAUAUUGAUAAAAAUGCCAUUUAGAGAAUAAAGGAUGUUCUCAAUAAAAUUAUGGAUCAUGAAUUUAAUAAACAGAAUUACUCGAUAGAUGAUUAUUAAGGAAUUAAAAAGGAUCUCAUUAUAAAAAUAUCAUGGGAUAAGAAAAUCAUAGAAUUUCUCAAAUUUUUAGUUCAUCUAACUGCUUUGGAUAGGAGAUAUAUUUAGUGUGGAUCAAAUUCUCUUCAUUUGCUAGUCUGGAUGAAAAUUGAUUUGAGGGAAUAAAAUUUUGAGAAUAUCAGGAUUAGAGAUACCUCAUUAGUUGGGGGAAAUUUUGUACGAUGCAUAUUCAAUGGAUCAGAAUUUGACAAUGUAGAUAUAAGUGGAAUGAACUUGAAUUAAUCUUAAAUGGUUUGUUGUAAAUGGCAAAAUAUCAAAAUUCAUGAGUUAAAUAUAUUAGAUGCUCAUGGGGAAAGUAUCAAUUAGGUAUGCUUUUCUCCAGAUGGUAAGUCAUUAGCUUCUUGUAGUGAUGAUAAUUCGAUAAUAUUGUUGGAUGUUAAAACAGGAAAAAUUAAGUCUAGAAUCAAGGAAAAGGAAGAAGUAAAAUCAGUAUGCUUCUCACCAAAUAAUAAUACAUUAAUUUUCAGCUAAGGAGAAUUUGUGUAUUUAUGGAAUCUUUAAACAAGCAAAUAACAAGCCAAAUUAGAUGGUCAUUCAAAUUUUGUUAAUUCAAUUUGUUACUCUUUUGAUGGUACUACAUUAGCAUCUGGUAGUUCUGAUAACUCUAUCCGUUUAUGGGAUGUUAAGACAAGAUAAUAAAAAGCAAAAUUAGAUGGACAUUCAAGUGCGGUUUAUUCAAUUUGUUACUCUCCUGAUCGUACUACAUUAGCAUCUGGUAGUGAUGAUAACUAUAUCCGUUUAUGGGAUGCUAAAACAGGAUAAUAAAAAGCCAAAUUAGAUGGUCAUUCUGGAACAGUGUAUUCAAUUUGUUACUCUCCUGAUUGUACUACAUUAGCAUCUGGUAGUGAGGAUAAGUCUAUCCGUUUAUGGGAUGCUAAAACAGGAUAAUAAAAAGCCAAAUUGGAUGGUCAUUCAGGUUAUGUUAAAUCAGUCAAUUUCUCUCCCGAUGGUACUACAUUAGCAUCUGGUAGUUCUGAUCACUCUAUCCGUUUAUGGGAUGUUAAGACAGGAUAAUAAAAAGCAAAAUUAGAUGGUCAUUACUCAACAGUUAAUUCAAUUUGUUACUCGCCUGAUGGUACUACAUUAGCAUCUGGUAGUGAUGAUGAGUCUAACCGUUUAUGGGAUAUUAAGACAGGAUAAUAAAAAGCCAAAUUAGAUGGUCAUUCAUCAUAAGUUUUUUCAAUUUGUUACUCUCCUGAUGGUACUACAUUAGCAUCUGGUAGUGAGGAUAACUCUAUCCGUUUAUGGGAUGCUAAAACAGGAUAAUAAAAAGCCAAAUUAGAUGGUCAUUCUGGAACAGUGUAUUCAAUUUGUUACUCUCCUGAUUGUACUACAUUAGCAUCUGGUAGUGAGGAUAAGUCUAUCCGUUUAUGGGAUGUUAAGACAGGAUAAUAAAAAGCAAAAUUAGAUGGUCAUUACUCAACAGUUAAUAAAAUUUGUUACUCUCCUGAUGGUACAACAUUAGUAUCUGGUAGUAGAGAUAACUCUAUUCGCUUAUGGGAUGUUAAGACAGGAUAAUAAAAAGCCAGAUUAGAAGGUAAUACUUCAAUAUUUAAUUCAAUUUGUUACUCUCCUGAUGGUACUACAUUAGCAUAUCGUAGUAGAGAUACCUCUAUCCGUUUAUGGGAUGUUAAGACAGGAUAAUAAAAAGCCAAAUUAGGUGGUCAUUCAGUUUGGGUUAAUUCAAUUUGUUACUCUCCUGAUGGUACUACAUUAGUAUCUGAUAGUUCUGAUAACUCUAUCCGUUUAUGGGAUGUUAAGACAGGAUAAUAAAAAGCCAAAUUAGAUGGUCAUUCAUCAUAAGUUUUUUCAAUUUGUUACUCUCCUGAUGGUACUACAUUAGCAUCUGGUAGUGCAGAUAACUCUAUCCGUUUAUGGGAUGUUAAGACAGGAUAAUAAAAAGCCAAAUUAGAUGGUCACUCUAAUACAGUUAAUUCAAUUUGUUACUCUCCUGAUGGUACUACAUUAGCAUCUGGUAGUGCAGAUAACUCUAUCCGUUUAUGGGAUGUUAAGACAGGAUAAUAAAAAGCCAAAUUAGAUGGUCACUCUAAUACAGUUAAUUCAAUUUGUUACUCUCCUGAUGGUACUACAUUAGCAUCUGGUAGUGCAGAUAACUCUAUCCGUUUAUGGGAUGUUAAGACAGGAUAAUAAAAAGCCAAAUUAGAUGGUCACUCUAAUACAGUUAAUUCAAUUUGUUACUCUCCUGAUGGUACUACAUUAGCAUCUGGUAGUGCAGAUAACUCUAUCCGUUUAUGGGAUGUUAAGACAGGAUAAUAAAAAGCCAAAUUAGAUGGUCACUCUAAUACAGUUAAUUCAAUUUGUUACUCUCCUGAUGGUACUACAUUAGCAUCUGGUAGUGCAGAUAACUCUAUCCGUUUAUGGGAUGUUAAGACAGGAUAAUAAAAAGCCAAAUUAGAUGGUCACUCUAAUACAGUUAAUUCAAUUUGUUACUCUCCUGAUGGUACUACAUUAGCAUCUGGUAGUGCAGAUAACUCUAUCCGUUUAUGGGAUGUUAAGACAGGAUAAUAAAAAGCCAAAUUAGAUGGUCAUUCUAAUACAGUUUAUUCAAUUUGUUACUCUCCUGAUGGUACUACAUUAGCAUCUGGUAGUGCAGAUAAGUCUAUCCGUUUAUGGGAUGUUAAGACAGGUUAAUAAAAAGCCAAAUUAGUUGGUCAUACACUUGAAGUUUUUUCAAUUUGUUACUCUCCUGAUGGUACUACAUUAGCAUCUGGUAGUUAAGAUUUGUCUAUCCGUUUAUGGGAUGUUAAGACAGCACAAGAGUUUCUACCUUAAGCUAAUUGUUACCAAGACCUUCUUACUUAGUUUAAAUUACCACUUGAAAUUCAGCCAAUUUUUAACAAUAGUAUUUAUUAAUAUUAUUCUUUAGCUGAGAUCGAUCGUACAAUACUACGAAUAUGUUAAAAUCCACUUUUGGAAGCUUCAGGAGCUUUUAUUUUGAAAGGAGUAAUUGAAAAUUAUUCAGGUUAUGAUUUAAGACCCUUAUUCAAAUCGAAAGACAGAUUGAUUAUAGAAAACUUUAAAGAAUAGGAAUAAGAUUGA